CAAAAAGCAUGGCGUUAAAAAGGCUUACUUUUACAUGGAAAGCAACAAGUGACUUGCGUAUUCACGUAAAUAAACGUAUUAUUACUGUGCCAUCUGUUUGUGCCUUUCAAGAUUUCCCCUGCUUUACCAUUAAUGGUCAUAGGGGUAACGAAAAAGACUUCACAUAAAAGCAAAGAUGAUGACAUCGAUGAUGAUAAUGUGACUGUUUUAAUUGUGAAAAAGAGGCGCAGACGAAAGAUUAGGACUUUCGGGGAGGUGAAGAAGCGGAAACCAAGAGAGAAGAAGCCCAAGGAGCCAAAAGAACCCAAGCCAGAGACGAUCUGGCAGUGCCAACUGUGUGGGAAAGUGUAUAAAGCCGAGUUCGCACUACGUCGCCACUUGGAAUUCUCCUGUGGUAAGCCGUUACCCCGAUUUCAGUGCCAGAUCUGCAUGGGGAAGUUCCGACGCAAGGACUACCUCCAGGACCAUCUCAUAAAGUUUCACAGCAUCAGGAUGACUCUGGCUGAGAUAGAGCACAUUUCUUACAUACAUUAUUGAGUAACUUAUCCAAAUUUUUGUUCUUACCAUCAUACAUAAUGUUGUUACGUUAGUAUUGUAUGUAUGGAUAAAAAAUAAGAGUCAAACUGUUGUUUAUUUAUAGAUAAAUAAUUUUCAUUAGAUUAUUUUCUUAGCAUUAAUUCUUUUUUCUUGUAUUAGUAUUAAAUAAUCAUAUUUUUCUUUUCUAUAGAUACUUGGUUCUUUAACUAUUAAGUGUGUGUUGUAUUAUUAGUCAAUUCUCUUGAGUAGAAAUUUUUGGGAAUGCAUGAAAUAUUUAUUACAAUUAUUUAUUUAAAAUAAGAAUGCUAUAACCGAUUAUAAAACUUUGAACUGACCACAAAGACAAACUUCGAGCAUAAGAUAUGUUUUUAAACACAUUUACAUUUUUUCUUUUUAACACCGAUGAAUGUACAGAUUGAAUUUCCUUUUUGAGAAUUGUCGAGAAUAAGUCUUAUUUUAAGGAAGAAUUUGUUAAUGAUUUAUUAUUGUAAGUUGUACUUUUAAUCUUGGUUUAUGAAACCUUAACGUUGAUUUAAAUUAAUAAAGUAUUUUUGAAAA